AGGGUUUACUGCGCUGGUAAUGAUGCCUGAUAUCUUCUCAUGAAAGAGAGUGAGAGAGAAGCUAAAUGUGAAUCAGGCUGGGCGUAAGGGAAAAAAGGGAGCUAACUUGUGCUCAGAAAUACAUGAGCUGUUGUUGGUGUAACCUGAGUCUCUCUGUGAGUUUUAUUGUGAUCCGAGGCGGGGGAAAUACUGAUCAUCUGGAUUCAACCAGCUAUCAUUUCCCAGUCCAGGCUAAUCCCGACUGAGUGUAGACAGGAGUCCAUAUAAUGUCUUGUGGUCUCUAUCUGGUGGAGGAAUUCCGGCCUGUCAGCUAUUUUGGUUCCUGUCUUGCUUUCACUAUUUUGUGAAAGGAGACGUAAAAAGGAAGGAAGAGGAGAGCGAGCGAGAGAGAGAUCGACAGAGAAGAGCAGAGGCAGACGUAUACAGUCUGUGCGUCUUGUUGGGUGUCAGUUGUUUGCCGAGGCAGCUGAGAAGAGUACAAGGGGCUCCUCCUUACCAGUCGCUCUUCUUCUCUGUGGUCCCAGAAGCACUGACGAGACAUCAUGGUUCGAUGGUUCCACAGAGACAUCACAGGCCUGCAGGCCGAGGAUAUACUCAAGACUCGAGGCAUUCAUGGCAGCUUUUUGGCUCGGCCCAGCAAGAAAAAUGUUGGAGAUUUCUCCCUGUCCGUCAGGGUGGGUGAGCUGGUGACCCACAUCCGCAUCCAAAAUACAGGAGACUUCUAUGACUUGUAUGGCGGUGAGAAGUUUGCCACGCUGUCAGAGCUGGUGGAUUACUACACGGCGGAGAACGGCAUCCUGCAGGACAAGGAUGGCACCGUUAUCGAGCUCAAAUAUCCCCUCAACUGCUCUGACCCCACCACAGAGAGGUGGUACCACGGUCAUCUGUCAGGGCCAAACGCAGAGAAGCUGCUCUGUGCAAAAGAUGAGCCGGGGACCUUCCUGGUCAGAGAGUCGCUGUCCAAACCUGGAGACUUUGUCCUCUCCGUUCUGACGGAUGAGAUGAGCAAAAAUGGAGGAAAGAGGGUCUCACACAUCAAGAUAAUGUGCCAGAGUGACAGGUAUACCAUUGGAGGCUCAGAGAUGUUUGACACGCUGACAGACUUGGUGGAGCACUACAAGCGUAAAGGCAUUGAGGAGAUCUCUGGAAACUGGGUGCACCUCAAACAGCCAUAUUACUCCACCAGGGUGAAUGCAGCAGACAUUGACAGCAGGGUGAAACAGUUGGACCAGACCGCACAGCAGCAGCAGGACGGCGAGGGAGAGAAGAGCAAGGCGGGCUUCUGGGAGGAAUUUGAUGCUCUUCAAAAGAUGGAGGCUAAGGUGAAAAAGAGCAGAGAUGAGGGCCAAAGACCGGAAAAUAAGAGCAAAAACAGAUACAAGAACAUUCUUCCCUUCAAUGACACCAGGGUCAUCCUGCAGGACAGUGAUCCCAAUGUUGUGGGUUCAGAUUACAUCAACGCCAACUAUGUGAAAAACAAACUGUGGGAGUCUGAAGAUCAGAAAGUUUACAUUGCCACUCAGGGAUGUCUAGCCACAACAGUUAAUGAUUUCUGGCAGAUGGUAUGGCAGGAGAGGACGAGUGUGAUCGUGAUGACAACAAGAGAGGUCGAGAAAGGACGGAAUAAAUGUGUUCCAUACUGGCCUGAGCUCCAGGGCACGAAGGAGGCGGGGCGUUACAUAGUGACCUGUGAGUCCGAGAGGGAAGCUGGUGAUUAUAAAAUCCGAGUUCUGGAGAUCGCUCCCCUGGACCAGCCAAAACGUUCUCGUAAAGUAUGGCACUACCAGUACCUCAGCUGGCCCGAUCACGGUGUCCCGCAGGAGGCAAGCGGUGUCCUCGGCUUCCUCACUCAAGUGAACACUAAACAGGCUGAAUUUCCUAACGCCGGUCCCAUGAUCGUCCACUGCAGUGCUGGAAUCGGUCGAACAGGCACGAUUGUGGUAAUUGACAUGAUCAUCCAGACCAUUGACACUCUAGGUCUGGACAUUGACAUUGACAUCGCAAAAUACAUCCAGAUGGUGCGAGAGCAGCGCUCUGGUAUGGUGCAGACUGAGGCCCAGUACAAAUUCAUCUACCUGGCUGUGGCCGAGUACAUACAGAUUACCAAAGCCAAAGACUCCGCCUCAAUGGAAACCGAGACCGAGUAUGGAAAUCUCCAAAUCAAGCAUCAACCAGCGAACAGGGUGGUGUCAAAAAACAAAGAGGACGUUUAUGAGAAUCUGUCAAAAGGAAAGAAAGAUGCAAAAAAGUCAAAGUCGGACAAGAAGAGUGGCUCAGUGAAGAAAAGAUAGAAGAUGCUGAGAAGUUUUAUCAAAGUACGUCAUGUUAUAUUUAUACAGGCUCUCGUUUGGUAAAGAAAUCUUUCAGUUGAAACCUUACACAGAAUAAAAUGAAGGUUUUAAAAGACAAGAUAACCUGAUGACAUCGUCUAUGCUACAUGAAUGCUUGGCUGAUGUUUGUUUAAAAUAAAGGCAGGUAGUGUGUACACUUACUGUGCUGUGUCCUUUUUUAUGCCUGUUGUUUGAAUAAAAAUAUA